AUGGACCCCGUCAUCAUAACGCCGGAUGACGUAGCUGAGGCGGUCCGUAGGGCCCCGAACUGGAAAAGUCCGGGACUCGACGGACUGCAUCACUACUGGCUGAAGGGGUUCGUGGUGUGUCACGCUGUGCUCGCCCGACAGUUUCAAGAGGCUCUCGACCAAAAGUCGCUCCCGAGCCUCUUCACUACUGGGAUCACUCAUUUGGUUCCUAAAGACCGGGAUUCCACAGACCCGAGCAAGUACCGCCCCAUAACGUGUCUACCUACCAUAUACAAGACACUAACAUCCAUUUUGAGCGCGAGAAUCACUCGUCACCUGAACUCAAAUCAGGUGAUGUCGCGCGCUCAAAAUGGAUGUCGGGGCGGUGGUCGUGGAACCAAGGAACCACUCCUCAUUGACGCGGUCAUUGGCAAGGUGGUUAAACGCAACCGUCGGAACCUCUCCGCCGCCUGGAUAGACUACAAAAAGGCAUUCGACUCGGUGCCUCAUACAUGGCUUAAGAGGGUCCUCGAGCUUUACAAGGUUGACAGUACGGUUCGAGACUUCCUCAGGCAGUGUAUGGGGCAGUGGAGUACGAUCCUUUGUCAUCUAGGCCAGCGGAUGACGGCUGCGGAGAACCACAUAAGUAUAAGAAGGGGUAUCUUCCAGGGCGAUUGUUUGAGUCCAAUCUGGUUUUGCCUCUCUCUGAACCCUCUCAGUACCUUACUGGAGGGUUCCGGGAGGGGAUUUCAGCUUCGGAAAGGAGGUACAAAAGUGACCCACCUUUUCUAUAUGGAUGAUCUCAAGUUAUUCGCCUCCAGUCGCUCCCAUCUUGUGGAAUUGCUAAACAUCACUUGUGAUUUUAGCAAUUCUAUUGGAAUGGAGCUGGGGACGGAUAAGUGUGCGAUCCUCCAUGUCGAAAGGGGAAGGCUUGCUAACUCUGAGGGCAUGGACUUAUCUUAUCUAUGUCCAUCAGCAUAA